AUGAGUCUAAUUUCGGUUCCGAGACAUGUAAUGUGCGAUCAACCUCAACGCAUCGAACUCCACGGAUUCUGCGAUGCGUCAGAGGCAGCUUACGGGGCAUGCAUCUACAUACGAAGCUUCAGUCAGUCGGGGCAAGUAGUAUCAAGACUACUAUGUGCAAAAUCCAGAGUGGCACCGCUCAAGAACCUCACAUUGCCUCGGCUUGAGUUGUGUGGAACAGUUUUGCUGGCUCAACUCGGGUGGACUGUACAACAAGCAUUAUCCGUUCAAUUUGAUCAUAUCCAGUACUGGAGUGAUUCAACAAUAGUGCUCUCUUGGAUCAACCACAAUUCUAGAGAGUUACAAACGUUCGUAGCCAACAGAGUUUCAACCAUUCAACAACUAAUAUCAGGAGUUCAAUGGGCACAUGUUCGGUCAAAGGAAAAUCCCGCAGACCUCAUAUCGCGAGGAACAACGCCUCAGAAUCUCAAAAAUCUAAACUUGUGGUGGUCCGGACCAGAUUGGCUCUUGGAAGAUUGUCAGGAUUGGCCGGCUGAAACUUAUACAAAGGUAUCUCCAAUUCCAGAAUUAAAGAAACAAACAGUAAUCGCUUACUGUGACUCAUCGAGCCGCGAAAUCUUCACGAGGUUUUCAUCGCUUUCACGAUUGAAGAGAGUCACAGCUUAUUGCAUGCGAUUCAAAAAUAAUACAUUGAUGAAGCAAACACGAAAAACAGGGCACCUGUCCAUUGAGGAAUUGAACAAUGCCAUGCUGGUAUUGAUACGAAUGGUUCAAGCAGUCGAAUUCGCGACUGAGUUAUCCGACCUCCAAGAAAAUCGGGCAGUACAGGGAAAAAGCAAACUCAUCGCGUUAAACCCUUUCAUUGACAAGACAAAAAUUAUCCGCGUCGGGGGUAGAUUACGUCAUUCCGAUCUUGAUUUCUCAAAGCAACACCCGAUAGUGUUACCAGCGAAUCAUCCGUUGACUGAACUAAUUAUUCGAGAUUGUCACCUUAAGCAUAUGCAUGUUGGACCUCAAGGUCUACUAAUUCAUUUACGUAGCAUGUAUUGGCCAUUAUCGGGGCGGAGGGUAAUCCGACGAGUAUUACGAAAGUGCGUAGCAUGCUUCCUCGUACGUCCGAAAAGUCAAACUCAAUUAAUGGGAGAUCUACCCAAGGAGCGUGUCACGCCGGCCCGAGCGUUUAUCAAUUCCGGAGUAGAUUACGCCGGACCAUUUUCUAUUAAACUAUCGCGAAAUAAAACCGGAAAGGCGUAUCUAUGUAUAUUUGUAUGUCUCACAACAAAAGCGACGCAUUUAGAAAUAGUCAGCGAUUUGACUACCACUGCAUUCCUCAAUGCAUUAAAGCGAUUCGUAGCGAGACGAGGUCGAUGCGCAAAUUUGUUUUCCGACAACGGCACCAAUUUCGUAGGUGCAAGCAAUCAGCUUCGGGAAUUGACGAAAAUGAUAAGUAAUGAUCAUGUCGACCGAUUUUUAACAGAGCAAGCAAUACAAUGGCAUUUUAUACCUGCUAACUCGCCUCAUAUGGGCGGGAUCUGGGAAGCGGUCGUACGUUCAGCAAAAACACACAUGAAGCGUGUUGUCGGCAACAAUUUAUUAACAUUCGAAGAACUUAGUACAAUCUUUGCACAAAUUGAGGCCGUACUAAAUUCGCGACCGUUAUGUCCUCUUUCAAACGAUCCUCAGGAUUAUGAAGUGCUUACACCGGGACAUUUUAUCAUCGGCGAACAAAUUAACUCUUUCCCAGAGCCCGACUUAACAGAAAUAUCUACAAACAGGUUAACACGAUUUCAAUUGUUGUCGCAGAUGCGUCAAAACUUCUGGAAACGUUGGGUCAGCGAGUACUUAACGCAACUUCAGAAUCGGUACAAGUGGCAGAAACCAAAUUAUGAUAAUAUUAAGAUCGGUACGUUAGUGCUAUUAAAAGACAAUGACCUUCCACCCUUGAAGUGGCGCAUGGCGAGAAUAAUUGAACUCCAUACUGGCUCCGACGGCAAUGUCCGUGUUGUUAGUGUACAAACACCUACGGGAGUUACGAAGCGUACCAUUCACAAAAUUUGUGUGCUUCCUAUCGAGGAUUAA